AAGCUUUUGGUUUAUUAGCUUAUAAAAUUAAAGUGAUGCAAAGUGAUCAUGAAAUUGACCUUAUUAUGACUUAUAAGGAAAAACUUAUUCUUGUUCAAUAUAAAAAUACUGAAACACCUAUAUCUGUUUAA